AUGAACCGCCCGUCUCGAACCGAUGAGCCCUACGAAGGGGAGGGCUACAACCAGAGCCCGAACCCUCUGUCGAAUGACCUGACCACGAACGAGGACCUCAACGGCAUAGUCAAUGCGAGAAACCUAAACUCCGGAAAUAGCCAUGAUAAUGCCGCUGCCGAUGACGCCGACAUACCCCGAGCUGAUCCGUCCCGGGAUAAAGAUGGAGGCCCGGCGCCGGGAGGCCCGACGACGGCCAAGACUCUCAUUCUUGGCCGCACCUCGGGAGACGGGGCCGAUGCGGCCCCUCUCCCUUACUCUCACGCACAAAUCCCUCCUUCCCCAAGUAGCACUGUGCAUGAUGACAAGCCGCACUCUGACUUGAUCCCUCGCAUCAAGAAAUCCCUGGCGAAGUUCGGCUCUUUCGUGGGGCCGGGCUUCAUGAUUGCGGUCGCGUACAUUGAUCCUGGAAAUUAUGCCACCGACGUUGCCGCCGGCGCAACUUACCGCUUUCGAUUGCUUUUCAUCGUCCUUGUGGCCAACCUGUUUGCCAUAUUUCUCCAGAGUCUCUGCAUCAAGCUUGGUACCGUCACUGGACUCAACCUUGCAGAGGCUUGUAGGGCUUUCCUGCCUCGCUGGUUGAACUAUGUGCUUUACGUCUUCGCAGAGGUUGCCAUCAUUGCGACCGACAUCGCAGAGGUGAUCGGUUUCGCUGUGGGCUUGAACCUGCUCAUUCCCGCCAUACCUCUCGUGGCUGGUUGUGCCAUCUCUAUUCUCGAUGUGAUGUUCAUUCUCUUCUUCUACCGUCCACAUGGGUCCAUGAAAGGGCUUAGGAUGUUUGAGUACUUCAUCGUCGGUCUGGUCAUGGCAGUGGUGGUGUGCUUCUGCAUCCAGCUUUCUCUGAUUGAAGAGACUCCGGUGGGCGAUGUCUUCGAAGGGUAUCUGCCGUCUCAUGCAAUCGUCGAAGCAAAGGGUCUGUACCAAGCCUGUGGUAUCUUGGGUGCGACGGUCAUGCCACACAGUCUGUAUCUCGGCUCAGGCAUUGUCCAACCGCGCCUGAGAGAGUACGACACGAAGCACAACCUCCUGCCACCCGGAGUAGACGAGUCCGACUUCGCAGACGGUAACAGCGACAAGGGCUACUACGUCCCGUCAGCCAGAGCGAUCAAGCACUCCCUCAAGAUUUCCAUCACCGAACUGAGCAUUUCCCUGUUCACCUUCGCGCUGUUCGUCAACUCGGCCAUCCUCAUUGUCGCAGGAGUUUCGCUGUACAACAACCCAGAUGCGCCAGAUGCCGACAUCUUCAGCAUCCACAAGCUCCUCAAGGACUCGAUCUCCCCGGCAGCAGCCACCGUCUUCGCCCUCGCCUUGCUGCUCUCGGGCAUCUCAGCCGGAGUUGUAUGCACUAUCGCGGGCCAGAUGGUCAGUGAAGGCUCGUUGAACUGGAAGAUGCGCCCGUGGCUUCGACGGUUGAUAACCCGCAGCAUCAGCAUCGUUCCGAGCGUCAUCAUCGCCGGUGCGGUGGGCCGCAGGGGAAUCAGUCAGGCUCUUGAUGCAUCGCAGGUGGUGCUCAGUGUUGUUCUGCCGUUUGUAACAGCGCCGUUGAUCUACUUUACCUGCUGCAAUAAGUUCAUGACGAUCCGCGCGGGCGGCGCCAGAUUCAGGACCAGCUCGGAUGAAGAGGACUCGAACCCCAGGAAUGGUGGUUAUGUGGUCAAGAUGGCCAACUCAUGGUACACUGCUGCAUUCGCGAUCAUCACAUGGCUUAUCAUGGCGGUCAUGAACGUUGCUAACUUGGUUCUUCUUGGGAAGGGUGUGUGA